AUGUUAGGGAAACCCAUCCGCUUACUUAAAAAGAAAAAAAGAAAAAAGCUGCUGCCGAUCAACUACGAGCAUCGGAUCAACAUGUCACUCACCUCUAUUCUUUCUGCUGAGGCCAUUGACACGGCUGUCAAGGAAUGUGAAGCCCCAGAAUCAUUCUGCUACAAGAAGUUCUUCAAGACGUGUGGUCUGUCCGCAAAGACGCCUCAGGAGAUCAAAAAUGUCUUCCAACUUCUUGAUGACGACAACAGCGCCUACAUUGAGGAGUCUGAGCUCAAAUUCUUCCUGCAGAAAUUUGUCCCUAGUGCACGAACUCUGAGUGAUGCAGAGGCCAAGAAGUUCAUCUCAGCAGCCGACGACGACAAUGACGGCAAAAUUGGAGCAGAGGAGUUCCAAGCUAUGGUGCUGUCCUGA